AAUGAACGACACAACCUGCAGAUUUCCGGGUGGAUUAAAUGAUGGAGCGUUCGGAGAAGAACGAACGUGUGCCACCUCAGCGUCGGAUGAGUUUUAAUUACAAAUGGGACGUUCAACAGCAAAGUGCUUCCGUUAGUUUCUCGAGUUUUGGUUUGACAUUUAAACGGCCGCUGGAUUUAUUGGAUGAAUCGUUUGAGCGUUCCGACGGAUCGGCUCCCGUGUCGCUCAUCCACCUCAGUCAGGGCCAAGUUUAUGCAAGACAGGAUCUGAUUGACGCCCAACAACGGGCGACGCUGGGCGACCGUGAGAAAUGCCAUCAUUUUUCAAUCGGCGAAUUCUUUUGUCCCAAGUUAACGCGCGGUCAGUCCGAACGGCGGCGGACGGAGGCCGAUCCGUUGGAUUUUCCAUUAUCGUCCGGCAGUUACGUUGAUAGUGGCACGGUCCGUUUAACGGAGAAGCGGCGAUUCGAUCCGCUAUUAUUGGAGGAUUACGCCGACCAGCAAUACUGGCAAAGGCAGAGGCAAUUUCCCGUACGACACCGACCUCUGCCCAACGCGCCAUCGUCGGCAGUCGAUGACCAAGGCAGCAAUUUCGAUGCCACGCAAGACAGGGACGUCGACGAGGAAUACUUUCACUCGCGCCACCUCACUCUGGGAGAAAUGGUGUGGUUCGAUCCGUGUAAUCUUGGAUAUAUGCUACCUGGCGUCGUGACCGAGUAUCACCGAUCAGCUCAAGUGGUGACCAUCCAAUCAGCAGCCAGUCCAUCUAAUAAGCCGCAGACGUUCACGCUGACCAACUUGAGCAGUCUGAAGAGACGAGAAGAACUGGGGAAAGAUGGUGUCGAGGACAUGAUCGCCAUUUCGGACUUGAAUGAAGCCUCGCUGCUGUGGAAUCUCAAAGUCCGUUAUGACGCACAAAACAUUUACACUUACACUGGAAACAUCCUCGUCUCCGUCAACCCGUACAAGAUGUUCGACAUCUACGGAUUGGACAUGGUGAAGAAAUACGAGAACCAGAUUCUCGGCACUUUACCACCGCACCUGUUCGCCAUUGGCUCGGCAGCUUAUGGCCGGAUGAUCAGCCGGGAUGUUCCGGGCGGAGAGCCACAGGUGGUCAUCAUCAGCGGCGAGAGCGGAGCGGGCAAAACGGAGGCUACCAAACUCAUCAUGCAAUACCUGGCCGCUGUGAACAACAGCAAAGUGCCCGGUGGGAGCUCCUCGUCGGCGGGAUCGGCUUCUCGCUCAUCAUCGUCCCUCGUUACGGAACAAAUCCUGGAAGCUUCGCCGCUGCUCGAAAGCUUCGGCAACGCCACGACGGUGCGCAACGACAACUCGUCGCGCUUCGGCAAAUACACGCAAAUCUUUUUUAGAAAUGGAGCGAUAGCCGGUGCCAAAAUCACGGAAUACCUGCUGGAAAAAUCGCGGAUCGUGACUCACGCAGCCGACGAGCGCAACUACCACGUCUUUUACGAGAUGCUCAAGGGUUUACGUCCAGAAGAGAAGGAACGCUAUGGACUAACGGCUGCCGACAACUAUUUCUACCUGAACCAGGGAGGCCAUUGCGAGAGCGCCACCAAGCACGACGGUCAAGAUUUCAAGACGCUUUUGUCGGCUAUGCAAAUUCUCGGCUUCAACGCCGAAGAACAGGACGUCAUCUUCAGGAUUUUGGCUUCCGUGCUCCAUCUGGGCAACGUCUUUUUCCAUCGCGAAGCGCUCAAGCACGGCCAGGAAGGCGUGAAGAUGGGCUCGGAUGUUGAAGUGCGUUGGGUGAGCCACCUGCUCCAACUGCGCAUGGACGGCAUCGUCGCAGCUCUCACCACCAAAACCACCGAGGCCCGCAACGAGAAACUUCACACACCUUUGAAUAUUGAUCAAGCCCUUGAUGCUCGAGAUGCCAUAGCUAAAGCUCUCUACAGUUCGCUGUUCGGAUGGCUGGUGAAUCGCGUCAAUUCGAUCGUAAACAAGGGCGAGAGAUCGACGUCUAUCAACAUCCUUGAUAUCUUCGGCUUCGAAGAUUUCCCCGAAAAUAGCUUCGAACAGCUGUGCAUUAAUUACGCCAACGAGAACUUGCAGUUCUACUUUAACAAGCACAUUUUCAAGCUGGAACAACAAGAAUAUGCAAAAGAACGUAUCCAGUGGCAGACCAUCACUUUCACCGAUAAUCAACCCGUGAUUAACUUGAUCGCCAAGAAACCCAUUGGCGUUUUGCAUCUAUUGGAUGACGAAUCCAACUUCCCCAAGGCGACUGAUGCCUCUUUCCUGGAGAAAUGCCACUACAACCACGCUCUCAACGAGCUCUACUUUCGACCGAGAAUGUCUUCGAUGGAAUUCGGAAUCAAACAUUACGCUGGACAGGUCUGGUAUAAUGCCGAUGGCUUUUUGGACAAGAAUCGUGACACACUACGACCUGACGUUGUCGAUUUGCUAAUCAGCAGUCGAAUCCAGAUGUUAUCGAGAAUGUUCCAGGAAAUGAAAAAAAGCCACGAAUCGAGCAAGGUGCUUAAUCGAGGCGAUGGCCGAUUUGUCACCAUGAAACCUAGAACGGCCACAGUCGCUGCCCGUUUUCACGAUUCGCUCCAGGCUUUGCUCGAAUCCAUGUCCAAAUGCAAUCCCUGGUUUGUUCGCUGUUUGAAACCCAACAGGGAAAAGUUGCCCAUGAGCUUCGACCUUCCCGUGGUGCUGGAACAGCUGCGUUACACCGGGAUGUUGGAAACGAUUCGCAUCCGCAAAACGGGCUACCCCGUUCGCAUGAAAUUCCAUCAAUUCAUCGAACGCUAUCGCUGUUUGCUGACGAGACGCGAACGACGCAAUUUGGCCCGUAGUCAAAAUCCGCCGGGUCCAGACGUUUGCCGCAUUAUGCUGGACAGACACGCCCAGGGUGAUCAAUUCCAGCUGGGCACCAGCAAAGUGUUUAUGCGUGAAGCAGUCGAACAGCAAAUCGAACGUAAGCGAUUGGAUCAAAUGCGCGAUGCAGCCAUCAAGAUCCAGCGGGCCGUACGGACCCAUCAGUUGAGGAAGGACUUCCUCAUUCAACGACGAAGUGCGGUGGUGAUCCAGGCGUGGGUCCGUCGCUAUCAGGCCCGCAAAAGAUUCAACACGAUCCGAAGAGGUGUGAUCCUUGCCCAGGCUCAAUUCCGAGCUACUCGUCAACGACGACUGUACAAGGAACUGAGACAAGAGUUGCAACGGAGAGAGGCUGAACGCGUGACAGCUCGUGAAUUCAGCAUCAAACAGCAGCAGCAGCAGCAGCAACAACAGCAGCAAAAUCAGCACAACCAACAAAUCCAGCCGCAACAAAAUCCUCGUUCCAUCGCCAACGAUUUGGAACGCGAAGCUAAAGCCCUGGCUGGAUUCAAUCAUUUGGAGAUUCCGGCUGAAUUGGCUUUCAUUUACAGCAAACUGGACGACUGGCAGCCCAUCCAUUCUGAACGAAACGUCGUUAAAGUUGUGGGAGCCGUUCCAUCGUCCGACCGUGAACGCGAACUGCCUGACGAUUUGGACCAUCACGCCUUCACUAAAUUCACCAGCAUUUACUUUAAGUCUCAUUUGUGGGGCUCAAAGAAAGAUCCCAUUCAAACGCCUUUACUACCCAAGAAUUCCGAGGCGGACACGGCCGAUUCGCUGGCCAUCUUCAAGCUGAUUCUCCGUUUCGCCAACGGCCCUAACGCCGGCUCAGUCAAUGGCAAUCAAGCGCAAUGGAAACGCGAAAUGGCGUUGGGAAAUUACAUCGUUCACAAAGGCAUCGUUCGUGAACAGUUGCGCGAUGAAAUCUACUGUCAAAUUUGCAACCAGACAUGGCGCAAUGAAGACCCUCAAGCCGUGGCACGAUGCUGGUAUCUGAUGGCCAACUGCCUGUCAGCCUUCCCGCCUUCUCCCGUCCUCUACAAAUACCUGCUCAAGUACGUGUCUGAUCACGCUUACGAUGGAUAUCGGGCCAUCUGCCAGCAGAAAUUGAUGCACUCCUAUGCACUGGAUCCGCCUCUUGCCCGAGCUUAUCCACCAACGGUGAUGGAAUGGAAGGCAAACCGCAAAUGCGUCAAUAUGGCGCUCGAAGCCCGCUACCCUGACGAUGAGAGUCGACAUGCAGGUGUGGAGUCUUGGUCAACAGCUGAGAGUGUUGCUUCGCUGCUGAUGCGAGCCAGAGGCUUAGAAGGCAGCGAGGCAGAAGGGUGGACAGUGAGCAUGGCUCAAGACGACGAGUUUUUCGAUCUGAACGGCCAGGAUUUCGUGUUGGACGUUGUUGCCGAACUGGAGACGCCACCGGCCUUCCCGAUCCAUAAAGGUGGACAUUUCCUGAAUUCUCGGAAUGAAAACGAAUCGCCUUAUGCUCACGGACAAUCGCGGACACCCAAUGGAAUGUCACCAUCGCGAAAUGGGCAGCAACGGAAUUCAAAGAGACAAGGCCGUGCGCAAUCGUCGUACGCCGUGCACCGCGAUGAGCCCGGUCGGCGCAGUUCGGGUGCCAUCAUCGGUGGCAAGCGUUUCUUCAAGAGCGAACAGAACCGCUCCCAGGCCAAAAUGAGUCGCAGUUUGGAUAACCUUCUCCACGUUGAAUCGGGUAACGAGGCUGAGAUGACCAGUAAAAUGGGUUUGUCACGCAGCAGACUCAACGACAGGUACCGCUCAAUGGACAAGCUCAAGGCAAGCAACAGGAGUUUGCUAGUCCAACGCUCGGAGAGCCACCGUCACAGUGCUGGUGGGCAUCACCCGAGACCUGCCACAGCUGGUGGAGAAGCUGAGUGGAGUAAACUGGGACUGAGCAGCAGCGCACUCAACAGCAGAUAUUUUAGCCAACAGAAUCUGAAAGCUGGAGUUAGGGCAACAGAUAGCGACUCGUCCGAGCCGGACGAGAAACCAAGACGAAAGAAGUCGUCCAGCUCGAGAUCUAACGGCAACACGCCAUCUAAGAGAAAAGGCGGACGAAAUGCAGAUGAACGGACGGAUGGAGGAGACUCUGACACAGGGGAGGACAAUGGCUCUGAUCUAGACAAUUGUCGCCAACCCGCCAAGACGGAAGAGUAUUACAACGGCCGAAACAAUGGCCGAUUCAUCAAAGCUCCGCCACCCAAGCUAACGGCAAAAAGGGCAAAGGGGCCGUCCACAGUUCGAGGGCCUACAUCGAGACCCGUAACGCUUCCGAAUCGAAAGAACAAUUGGCUAAAUCUUCGGCCAUGUCUGACACAAGUGAAACGGUUUCACUCACGUCUGCACGUGCGUCGAGUUCGUGUUCCAUCGCAGUCGUCGGACGUGGAUCAAUAUUUGGAUGAUUUGUUUAUGCCCGUCUUGGACGGCAAUAUCGACGAGUAUUCCGAUGCCCGAUCGUUGGCCGCCUCCAUCAAAGGAGGCCGUGUCAAACGGAACGAGCCUGCCGAUGCGUCUGAUUUCGUCGACAGCAUCAUCGCCAACAUCCGACCGGAUGAAGAUUUGAAUGGAGCAGAUGACGUGAUUUCAUUGGCCGCAGCCAUUCAGGGCGGUGGCAAAGGUUUGAAGGAUCCCGGACAAAAUUAUUCGAGCCCGUCUCGCGAGCCGGCCUUCCAGCCGAUUGGCGUCAACAUCGGCACUCCGCAGCAAUCGCUCGGUCUUAUGUCACCCUCGCCACUAUUGAUGCCGGGAUUCUUUGGAGCUUACGCUGGGCUGCCUUUCCCUAUGCCAGAUCCGGGACUCAAGUACUUCAACGAGAUUGCUUCGGUCCAGCAACAACAGAGCUCGCCCAUGCAGCCUUUCUCUUUCCCCUACACCACCAGUAGUCCUCUACCUUUCUUUCAAUUGCCUUCAGGAUUUCCAUCGAUGGGAGCCCCCAAUUCAUCAAACAGCGGUGGGCCGGCUAGUGGCAUGGAUCACGCUUCAAUGCAACAAAACCUGAGCCGAGCUUUCCUGCAAUCGGCCGUCGCUCAGAACAUGCAAAUUCAGCAGCAAUUGAUGGCCCAAAAUCAAGCUCUCCAGCAGCUCCUCAAUACGCCGGCCCUACUCCACCCAUCACCACUACCACCUUCUACCGUUACUUCUACUCCUCUGAUUAUGACCGUUUCGCCCACGUCUCCCGCCUUGAUGCAUGUCUCCUCCACCACGUCAAAGGCUCGUCCGGACGGUAAAUGGCGGCCAGCAAAGAAGGAAGCUGGUCAUGAUGAGGAUAACGAGCAGAGCGGCAGUCGAACAGUCGACAUCCAAGACGAUUCCGAUCUUUGGCGCAUCGAGGGGCCCUCAACGGCGCUGGCCAGGAGCAGUUCACGCGGUCAAGGUGAUCAAGUACCCGCUCCCAUUUUGCCAAAAUCACGCAGGGAAUCGGGACUACCUGUUCUUGAAGCGCGUCAGUCGUUUUCGCGCAAGCAGUCAAGCGACAAGACACCCGACUAUGUUUCUGCACGCAAAUUGAGCCUGAGUCACGAACCGACUGUUUUCAAGGGGGCUCCACCUCCACCACCGCCACCUUUGCCGCCCGAGCCGAUCUUCGGCGAUCCGAACGCAUCACAUCAUUUGAUGGACACUUAUGGACGGGCCAAAACUGUCCGUAUCGGCAAGUGGCGAUGGCCACCAGCUCGUACUGAUGACGAUCCGGCCGCUCCUCAGCUCACCGGAAGCUUCCUCGAGUUCAAAAUGCAACAGAAUCAACGGAGAAGGUCGCAAGAAAAUGGCCAGCCCUUCGAAGGCGUUGAAUGGGAUUCUUUCGACAUGGAAUCGGAGGAAGUGAAAACAGACGACGAUGUCAACGAAUCGUCUAACCCAAUUUCGAUGUUCAAACAUCGCGAGCGCAGCGUCAGUCCCGUUCGCCAACUGAGGGACGUGAAAGCGACGCCAGGAAGUAUUGGCAAACUGAAGAUCAGCAGCGAAAUGAGGGCCAAAUUGGAGCUGGUGACGAUUGCUCAUCAGGCAACAACGAAACCGUCCAACGAAAGACCGCCGGAAUUGAACGAUCGCGCUGAAACGGGCGGCGUCCGGAAGCUGGAAGACAAUCGCCGUCUAAUGUUGCAGCAGCAGCUGAGCGGAAGAAAAUGGGAUACGGUCGAAGAAAGCAUUCACACCAAGUUGUACGGGCCUUUGAAUGCGCCCUUUUUUACGUACAAUAACGUGCCCUGGACACUUCACGUCCGCAAAGAGUUGUUUUCGCCGUCAGAAAAUGCAUUGGUUCAUCCACUUGGACUGCACUUGAUAUUUUGCCAAGUCGUCCAGGAUACGUACAACGACGCCUGUCUCAGGAUCAACCGUGACGAUCGUGCCAAGAUGCAGCAGAUGUUGGACAAUUACGGCAUCACGCCCGAGAACGCCACCAAUGGCCACCACAAAAUUACGCUCAAGCGCAACGUUGUGGAGAUGGCUAAAGAAUGGCCGCUCUAUUUCGCCCGUCUUUACCCCGUUUCUGGGACUCGACAACACGCCGACGUUCAAUUCUUGGCAGUGUCCCAUUCUGGCGUCCGUUUGGUUAAGCGCCAACAGAACGGCCAAUCAGAAUCGUUGCACGUGCUGCAAGCCUUCGGCUUUAGUGAUAUUUUGAACGUGACAACUCCGCGAUCGAGCAACUUGCAGAUUACUCUAAGAACUGGCGGACCGUUGCAGUUCUACACGCAACGAGCCACCCUCAUCAGAGAUCUCGUUCAUCGCUUCGCCAACGAAGCCGAAAAGGAACCGUUAGAGUAUGUGAAAGCGGUGGCCAAUUACGUCACUCGCGAAUCGACCCUUCUCAGUUUUCAUAAAGGAGACGUCAUCCAGGUCGUCCGCGACGAGCAAUACGUCGACAAAGGCUGGAUGUUUGGCAAAUUAGACGGCCGCGUUGGAAUUUUUCCGGCCGAUUACGUUGAACCGAUGAGUCGCGCCGAGGCCCGCAAGAUUUCUGCAUCUUCAUCGCGCCACACCAAUCAGGAUGAUUUAUACAGAGUGGGGGCAGUAUCACCCGGACCCCACCACGACACAUCGUUGGAUAUGACCAGUUCAGAUAACUCCCGUUUGGACGAUCCAGGAAGUCCGACUCAACCUAACGAUGGGAAACAUUCUCUACUUCAAUUCGCCCUCUACCACUUCCGGCAAAGCCCAGAAAAAUUCGAAAUGUUGCGCCAUGAUGACACGCUGCGUUCCGGAAUUGGCGACAUGCACAACGUCAGCAAAUCUGAGAAGAAGAAGAGCAAAAACAAGAAAUCAAAGGACCGGCCAGAGUCAGUGGCCGGCGCCGACUGGACAUGGAAAGAACAAGUCGAUCUGGUCAAGUUCACUAAAUCACCUAUUCAGGCUUCACUUUUACAACUGGACUCGAACGAACUCAAUAAGUUGGCUUUGGAGGGUUUCCUUUCCAUCAUGAAGUACAUGGGUGAUUACCCUAUGGCCAAAGGACAAUCCGAAGUUGAUAGUGUAUAUACCAUUCUAAUGAACUGUCAUAAACAUGAAACGCUUCGAGAUGAGACCUACUGUCAGAUCAUGAAACAAACGACUAAUAACAAGUCUUCACGUCCGGAUUCCUGCCAGCGAGGCUGGAGACUCUUUUCCAUCACAGCCGCUUAUUUCAGUUGCUCCGAAGUGUUGAAACCUUACUUAUUCAAGUACUUGGAGACGGCUGCUUAUGAUAAACGAAGAGCUUACCACGGUACCGCAAUGGUGUGUUUACAGAACUUGCGCAAAACUCUGCGCUAUGGUGGCCGGAAGAAUGUGCCCAGCAUCGAAGAAAUCACAGCAAUAACGGCUGGUCGCAAUUCGAAACGUCAAAUGUACAGGCUUCCUGGCGGUACGGAGCGGGUGAUAAACACAAAAUCAACGUCAGUCGUCCAGGACAUAAUCGAGGAGAUUUGUGGAGUGAUCAACGUGCGAUCCGAACAGGAAAUGGAAGAAUAUUCGCUGUAUUGCAUCGUGGAAGGUGAUACGUUCACCAUGCCACUGGCGCGUGAAGAAUACAUCCUCGACGUCACUACUGAGCUGCAGAAGAAUCAGCAAGUCUACUACCUGAUUUUCUGCCGUUCCGUCUGGCACUAUCCAAUGCGUUUGGACAACGCUCUGUACAUCGAGAUCGUCUUCAAUCAGAUUGCUCCUGAUUAUCUCGAAGGUUUAUUGCUCGUCAUGCCCGGCGAGCAAAUUUCGCAGGACUGUGUUUAUGACAUUGCAAAAGUUGCUGCUCUGCUUCAUCGCGCAGCAGAUUUAGAUCACAUGCCUACUAUGAAAGAGACCAAGUAUCUGUUACCGAAGCCUGCUCUCUCUGUUCGCGACAUCAAACCUCCACAGUGGGUCAAUCUGGUGCAGAGCUCGUGGAAAGAAGUUGAACAUUUCAAACCGUCUCAGGCCAAAGCUCAAGUUCUAGAGGUGUUAGAAAAGUGGUCGCUUUUCGGUUCGAGUUUCUUCGCCGUCCGGCGCGAUGCAGAUCCGGCCGAACGAUCUGAACAUAUUUUAGCGCUCAACCGGAAUGGUGUUCACUUCCUUGACGUCAUUACCCACGAAACUUUGAUGCAUUAUCCUUAUUCCGAGGUUAUAUCGACUCGCAAAGUCAAAUCGGAAGAGGGUCCCCUUUUCCUGGACAUGAAGUGCGGAAAUUUGAUGCAGCAGCGCGUCACCCGCAUCCAAACGGAUCAAGCGCACGAGAUAUCCCGCCUGAUCCGGCAGUACAUAACCAUCCAGCAACGCAUUCAGCAGCAGAGUGUUAAGGAGGAGAGUAAUUUGGCUUCACGCUGAUUCAUUUUGCCUGAUUACUAAAUAUCUUGGUAAAUAAAGAUAAAUGCGCAAGCAGAGUAAUGAAAAAAUAAAGAAAGAUUACAAAAAAAAAUAAAUAUAAAAUAAUGAACAAACAUUGAAAGAAAAUUCUUUCAUCUUAGCCCUCUUUGAAAUAUUCUACGCUCCUAUCGGCAAUUGUGUAAUUUCUUUGUAAGAUUGGGACUAAUAUACCAUUUGUCAUAGUA